CCCUCGAAUAAAAACUGCACCCAACUUCCGAGGCGCCCUCAUUGCCAGCCGGACCCCAGCCUCCGACAGGUUCGGGCCCCCUGCUCGCCCCGUGCUCCGCUGCCCCCCGCCCAGCGCCCGGCCCCUCCGGCUCCACUCGCUUGCUUUCUCGGCCGCUCCGACGCCAUGGACCCGUUCUGGUGGCGCGCAGCUUGGGUACUCUGCCUCGUGCAGCUGAGUCUGGCGCAGAUCGAUCUAAAUAUAACCUGCCGAUACGCAGGUAUAUUCCACGUGGAGAAGAAUGGUCGCUACAGCAUCUCGAAGACUGAGGCUGCUGACCUCUGCAAGGCCUUCAAUUGUACGCUGCCCACCAUGGCCCAGAUGGAGGCAGCCCUGCGUGUAGGGUUUGAGACCUGCAGGUACGGGUUCAUAGAUGGGCACGUGGUGAUCCCCCGGAUCCACCCCAAUUCCAUCUGUGCUGCAAACAACACGGGAGUGUACAUCCUUACAUCCAAUACCUCCCAGUAUGACACGUAUUGCUUCAAUGCUUCAGCUCCCCUUGAAGAAGACUGUACGUCAGUCACAGACCUGCCCAAUGCCUUUGAAGGACCAAUUACCAUAACUAUUGUUAACCGUGAUGGCACCCGGUACACCAAGAAAGGGGAAUACAGAACUAACCCCGACGACAUCAACCCCAGCACCGCUCCCGAGGAGGACAUGAGCAGUGGAUCCUCCAGUGAGAGAAGCACUUCAGGGGGCUACAACAUCUUCCACACCCAUCUUCCAACCGUGUACCCGGCCCCGGACCAAGAUAGUCCCCGGGUCUCCAGCGACCCAGAGACUACCCCGACUACCAGUACGGAUUCAAAUAUCAUCUCAGCAGGCUGGGAGCCAACUGAAGAAAAUGAAGAUGAAAGUGACAGACACCCCAGUUAUUCUGGAUCAGGCAUUGAUGAUGAUGAAGAUUUUAUCUCCAGCACCAUUUCAACCACACCACGGGUUUUUAGCCACCCACAACAGAACCAGGAUUGGACGCACCUGAGCCCAGGCCAUUCGAAUCCAGAAGUAUCACUUCAGACAACCACAAGGAUGACUGAUGUGGACAGAAGUAGCACCAGUGCUUAUGGAGAAAAAUGGACCCAGGAAACGCACUCUUCUCUCAGUCACCACGGAUAUCAUGAUGAAGAGGAGACCCAGCAUCCUACAGGCACAACCCGGGCACCCCCUACUAAUACAACAGAAGAAACAGCUACCCAGAAAGAGCAGUGGUUUGAGAAUGGAUGGCCUGGGGAAUAUCCCCAAAUGCCAAAAGAAGACUCUCAUUCAACAGCAGGGACAACUGCAGCCUCAGCCCAUGACAGCCAUCCAAAUCAAAGAGUGACAACGCAGAGCCAAGAGGACCGUUCCUGGACUUAUUUCUCCGACCCAGUCUCACAUCCAAUGGGACGAGGUCAUCAAACAGAAAGAAGGAUGGAUAUGGACACCAGCCAUAGUACAACAACGCUUCAGCCUUCUGCAGAUCCAAACACAGGUUUGGUGGAAGACUUGGACAGGACAGGACCUCUUUCAGUGACAACUCAACAGAGUGACACUCAGAGCUUCUCUACAUCACAUGGAGGCUUGGAAGAAGACAAAGACCAUCCCAUGACUGCUACUCCAACAUCUAGCAAUAGGAAUGAUGGCAGAGGUGGCAGAAGAGGUGGAAAUCUUCCUGAAGACUCAACUCCUUCAGUGGAAGGUUAUACUCCUUAUUCUCCAGACACAAAUGAAUACAGAACCCUCAUCCCAGUGACCCCUGCUAAGACUGGGUCCCCUGAAGUUACUGAAGUUACUAUUGUUGGAGAGUCUACUUCUAAUGUUGAUCUUUCUUUACCAGAAGACCAAGACUUAUCCCGUGACCCCAGCGGGAGGUCCUAUACAACUCAAGGAUCCGAAUCAGCUGGGCACUCAAGUGGGAGUCAGGAACGUGGGAUAAACACAACCUCAGGUCCUAUGCGGAAACCUCAAAUUCCAGAAUGGCUGAUCAUCUUGGCAUCUCUCCUGGCCCUGGCUUUGAUUCUUGCAGUUUGCAUCGCUGUCAACAGUAGGAGAAGGUGUGGGCAGAAGAAAAAGCUGGUGAUCAACAAUGGCAAUGGCACUGUGGAGGAGAGAAAGCCCAGCGGGCUCAACGGAGAAACUAGCAAGUCUCAGGAGAUGGUGCAUUUGGUGAACAAGGAGCCGUCAGGGACCCCAGACCAGUUUAUGACCGCAGAUGAGAGGCGGAACCUGCAGAAUGUGGACAUGAAGAUUGGGGUGUAACACCUACUCCAUGACCUUGGAAAGAAACCAUUGUCAGAGACAUAAUCUUUACAGGGAGCUGGGACACUUCACAGAUGCGAUGUGCUACUGAUUGUUUCAUUGCGGAUCUUUUUUCAGCAUAAAAUUUUCUAUUCCUUUUUGGGGUUUUUUUUUUUGUGUGUGUUUUGUUUCUUAAAGUCAGUUCCAAUUUAUAAAAACAGCAUUGCUUUCUGAAGUGAGGGCCCAGUUAAUAAUCGGCAAGAAUUUGACUGUUCCAGUUCCCACCUAGAAGCCUUUCACCCCCGCCUGGGGUGUGCUAUGGACGGCUUCUAGCAAAAGCCACACAUCCAUCUUCCUGACCCUCAACCUUCCCUCCACCCCACCCACCAGGGAACAGCCACCUGCUAAAGACAUCCCCCAAGGCUAAGAAGGAUUGGUCCCUGGGAGGAAAUUUGAAUAGGUCCAUAUUGCCUUUCCAGCAGCCCAAUCCCUGGACACUUCUUUCCAGUGGGGUAGGGGAAGGGGGUGUACUGGUUACACAUCCCCUUCUACAGACCCCCUGGAAAAUUCUCAGAUGCUUCUGGAAAAUACCCAAAUGGUGAAGCUAUUUAUCUGUAGUAAGCUAUUUAUCUGUGUUUUUGAAAUAUGAAACCCUGGAGGUCCUUUGAUCAGAAUGAUUAUUUUGUUGUUGUUACUUUGUCAGAGGCAUAAAAGGGUUUACGCUAAUUCAUAAUAAACAUCUGUACUUCUUCCACUUUAA